GCAAAUGCCCAGCCUCCGUUGGCAGUGUGCAGUGCGGAACGAUGCAUCUUGCGCAGGUUAAAGCCAGUCUGUUGCUGUCCGCUCACAGUGUUGCCGUAUGAACUAUCCUUCAGAGCUGCAUUUCUGAAUACCACCUAACGACGAAGAUGGCGGCCAGGACAAUGCAAGCGGCGCGAUGCCCAACAGACGAUCUGUCGUUGACAAACUGCGCUGUUGUGAGCGAGAAGGACCUGCAGUCUGGACAACAUGUUUCUGUGAAGACCACACCCAAUCACAAGUUUGUGUUCACGGUCAAGAGCCACCACACGGUCGUCCCUGGCACCAUCGCCUUCAGUCUGCCACAGAGGAAAUGGGCGGGUCUGUCCAUCGGGCAGGAGAUUGAAGUGUCCAACUACAACUUUGACAAGUCCAAGCAGUGCGUCGGAGCCAUGACCAUAGAGAUCGACUUCUUACAGAAGAAAAGCACUGACACCUCUCCCUACGACUCGGACAAGAUGGCUAGCGAGUUUAUCCAGCAGUUUAAUAACCAGGGCUUCUCUGUCACUCAGCAGUUGGUGUUCAGUUUCUGUGACAAGCUCUUUGGUCUGAUGAUCAAGAACAUCGAGGCGAUGGACGCCAGCAUCCUCAAAGGGGAGCCAGCGUCAGGGAAGAAGCAGAAGAUUGAUAUUGGGCUGCUGGUGGGAAACAGCCAGGUGAUCUUCGAGAAGGCAGAGAGCUCCGCCCUCACACUUGUUGGGAAGGCCAAAACCAAAGAGCAGAGACAGAGCAUCAUCAACCCUGACUGGAACUUUGAAAAGAUGGGCAUCGGUGGUCUGGACAAGGAGUUCUCCGACAUCUUCCGCCGUGCCUUCGCCUCCCGAGUCUUCCCUCCUGACAUUGUGGAACAGAUGGGGUGUAAACACGUAAAGGGCAUCCUGCUGUUCGGUCCCCCUGGAUGUGGUAAGACCCUGAUGGCCAGGCAGAUCGGGAAGAUGCUCAACGCCCGCGAACCCAAGAUCGUCAACGGCCCUGAGAUCCUCAACAAGUACGUGGGCGAGUCGGAGGCCAACAUCAGGAAACUGUUUGCUGACGCAGAGGAAGAGCAAAAGAGGCUUGGUGCCAACAGCGGACUCCACAUCAUUAUCUUUGAUGAGUUGGAUGCCAUCUGCAAGCAGAGAGGCACGGGCCAGGGCAGCACAGGUGUGCACGACACGGUGGUCAACCAGCUGCUGUCAAAGAUCGACGGGGUAGACGAACUCAACAACAUCCUGGUCAUUGGGAUGACCAACAGGCCUGAUCUGAUAGAUGAAGCUCUAAUGAGGCCUGGCAGGUUUGAGGUCAAGAUGGAGAUCGGUCUUCCUGAUGAAAAGGGGCGUGUCCAGAUCCUCAACAUCCACACCAAUAAGAUGCGAGACUUUGGCCUUCUAGGAGGUGAUGUGGACGUGAAGGAGCUUGCUGCUGAGACCAAGAACUACAGUGGUGCUGAGCUGGAGGGGCUGGUCAGAGCCGCCCAAUCCACAGCCAUGAACCGCCACAUCAAGGCUACAGCCACAGUGGAGGUGGACACGGACAGAGCGGAGAAGCUGAAGGUCACCAGAGAUGACUUCUUGGGCUCCCUCAACAACGACAUCAAACCUGCGUUUGGUACCAACCAGGAGGACUAUGCCAGCUAUAUCAUGAACGGCAUCAUCAAGUGGGGCGACCCAGUCACACGGGUCCUGGAUGACGGGGAGCUGCUGGUGCAGCAGACCAAGAACAGCGACCGCACACCCCUGGUAGCCGUGCUGCUGGAGGGACCUGCCCACAGUGGGAAGACAGCCCUGGCAGCCAAGAUCUCUGAGGACUCCCAGUUCCCCUUCAUCAAGAUCUGCUCUCCAGACAAGAUGAUAGGACACUCCGAGAUUUCCAAGUGCCAGGCCAUCAAGAAAAUAUUUGACGAUGCAUACAAGUCCCAGCUCAGCUGUGUGGUAGUGGACGACAUAGAGCGCCUCCUUGACUAUGUGCCUAUUGGCCCUCGCUUCUCGAACCUGGUCCUGCAGGCUCUGCUGGUGCUGUUGAAGAAGGCUCCCCCUAAAGGUCGUAAGUUGCUGAUCAUCGGCACCACCAGCCGCAAGGACGUCCUCCAGGAGAUGGAGAUGCUGGACGCCUUUAGCACCACCAUCCACAUCCCCAACAUCUCCACUGGAGAACACCUGGUGGAGGCCCUGGAGCUGCUUGGCAGUUUCACUGAGCAAGAGAGAGCCACCAUUGGCCAGCAGAUCAAGGGGAAGAGGGUGUGGAUCGGCAUUAAGAAACUACUCAUGCUCAUCGAGAUGUCCCUGCAGAUGGAAGAGGAGUACAGAGUCACCAAGUUCCUCUCUCUGCUGAAAAACGAGGGGGCGUUGGAUGACGCCAAUCACAUCAGAAUUUAAGCACUCUCUUUCUGAUGUGAUCGCAAUGCCUACGAGUACAAGUAGAUGAUAGGGACCCUCGGAGGAGAGGAAGUAAAGAAAGACAAGAAGGAGAAGGGGAAGACACCCUCUGUUCAUUAGUCCUCCAUCGAUCUAUCUGUUUGUUCACUCAGUCAGAUUCAAUCCCCUCUCAUUUAGAGCAUGUUUCCAUGGCAACUAUGACCGUCAAGUCCCUCGUCCGGAAACUCACAGAAACCUGUUGAGAAGUGUGCUGUUACAAAAAUGUUAUUUGUACAUACUGGCGAUAUGGGUUGCAAAGUGCUGUCUUGUGCAUUGUGAGUAUUUAGCCUGGUAUGUUUUAGUUUCAUGUAUUUGUAGUAACUUUAUCCCGGUAUACAUAGCUGUAUUUAUUCAGAAUGAUAAGAGCUUCGAAGAUUAUAUGUACUGUAUGCUAUAUAUUCAUUAAACACACAGACAUGUAUACACAGUAUACACAUGACAGGCAAGUCAUUAAGCCAUUUGAAUAUUCUGAUGUGAAAAAUGAAAGGCUUUUAGUAAGUGUGUUGUGGAAGUGUGAAGUGCUAUGUAGGGUGUAUGUGUUUAUCCUGUACAUGUAGCUUGUUUAUUUAUUGUAUAUAGUAUAUAUAUAAAUACAAUAUAUAAUGAACAAAUACAAAUCACUGUUGACUAUUGGGUAAUAUAUCAGUAUGGUUUUUCAUAUCACUCCAAAUGUUCUUUUUGCCAGAAGAUUGUAAUGGUUGUCGUCAGUCCAGUCUAACUGUCAGUACAGUGUAGGAGUGGCCUCAGUGUUAAACGAUUCAGCACUUGGACAAUGCAAUGAUUCACAAAAUGGACAAUGCUAGAAAAGAAACCUUUAGUACUUAUCAAAUCAGUACUUUGUGUGAUUUCAAUUUUUUGUGUGUUCAGUUUUGUGGAUUUUCUGUGUCUAAAACUGUAUGCAUGUGUGUAUGCGUGUGUGAGUGUUUGUUUCCACUGAAUCCAAACCUACCAAUUUGUUGGUGUAAUGCAUUUGUUGAUUUAUUAUGAUGUGUGACCAGUGAUUUUUUUCCAAAACUCUUUUUAUGUUCUUUAUGAUCAUUGACAGUGCGUGUCAACAAGCAGAUGUAUUAUUGCAAUAAAAGCACAGAUACACAGGCAAAAGAAGAAGAAAAAGCACCUA